AUGGGCAUGGGAGAUUAUUCACCUGGCAGUGUCUGGUAUUACGCACCAAACAGAGCAGCGCCAAUUGUCUUCAUCGUCGUCUUCUUUGUCUCUGGAGCGCUACAUGCCUGGCAGACAAUCAAGCACAAGUCAUGGCGAACAACACUAUUACUUCCAUGGGCCGCUCUCUUGAUGAUUAGCGGCUUCGCAGUGCGACUCGCUGGUGCCUAUGACACUGACAAUCUAGCUUAUCUCAUAGCUUCAACUGUACUGAUUAUGUCUGGACCUCCAGUGUACGCCCUCAUAAACUACUUCAUACUGUCACGGCUCCUCUAUUACAUUCCCUACCUGGCGCCUCUUCACCCGGGACGUGUAGCAACAACUUUCAUAGGUCUCGAUGGCGUGUGUGAGAUCCUUAUCGGACAAGGUGCCUGGCGCAUGGCCGACUCCAGCUCUACAGAUGCAGAACGGAAGCUCGGCUCAGACCUUGUCACCGCGUCGCUGUGUCUUCAAGCAGCACUCUUCGGUGCUUUUGGGCUUCUCGCAGCACAGUUCCACCGACGUGCUAACAAGGCCGGAAUACUCAAGAAGGAUCUACGAGUUGUACUCUACGUCAUGUACGUGAGUGCCUCUAUUGUUACUAUUCGUUGCAUUUACUGCCUCGUCGAAUACAUUCUCGGCUGGGAAUCCUCUAUCUAUCAGAACGAAAUCUACUUUUGGAUCUUCGAAGCUGUCAUCAUGGCACUCAAUACUGCUCUACUCAAUAUCUUUCACCCUGGAAAGCGCUUGCCUCCUUCCAACACCGUUUUUCUGGCUCGCGAUGGCGUAACUGAACGAAAAGGGCCCGGCUGGGGUGAUGAUAGGCCGUGGAUCAUUACCAUCUUCGAUCCCUUUGACCUUUGGGGCUUGGUUAAGGGGAAGGAUAAGAAGACGCAGUUCUGGGAUAUGAGUGAUGCAGAGUUAGAAGCAGCGAGAGCAGAGAAGAAAAAGAGGAAGAGGGGUGUGCUUAAGGGCUUGUUGGAUCCUUUCCACCUUUGGGGUGAGCGAGGAUACAUUAGCAAGUACUUUAAGAAAGACCUGAAUAGCGGGUCAAGGAGCAACGAGGUCGGGACCCAGCACAUACACGCCGGACGAUUGAGGCACAAUGGUAAUGAUACGCACGAUACUGUUUGA